AUGUUUGAAGCCGGCAUCAUCGACCCCACGCGCGUCGUCCGCGUGGCGCUCACCGACGCCGUCUCCGUCGCCGGCCUCAUGAUGACCGCGGAGGCCGCCAUCGUCGACCUGCCGAAGGAGGAGAGCCCUGCGGCCGGUGGUAUGGGUGGUAUGGGUGGUAUGGGCGGAAUGGGCGGAAUGGGCGGUAUGGGUGGGAUGUACUAG